UGUGUCUGCAGGCGGAAUUGUGGAAGAAUGAGGUACUACGGUAAAGAAGGUGCUAUGUGGGGGGAAAAUCUAUGUCCAUGUCUUGUCAGUGGGGUCUGGGGACGAUCGCGCUCAGCAAGAAAGAAGAGAAGAAAGCUCGGGGGCUUUUGCAGGUGCCCGCCAGUGGCCAUGUUGGACGGGCGAAAGCAGAGAAGUGGAAGACAAAGGUACGCCAACACGGUCAUUGCAAAUCAUUGCAACAAUGUCGCAAUGACUCCCUCGUCGCAGUUAUGGGGCUUCGUCCAGGGUCAGCUUGAGACCAUCGUGGCGAAUCGGACACAAAUGAAGUUGAAUGUAAGUGCAAGCAAACGGCUGGUUGGUCGCGCAAUGGGUGAUUUGUCGUGUGCGUGUCCUCAGAUGCUACUCGAGAGAGUCAAGGAGGGUGCUCUGCGAGAGACAUUCCGGCAGCUUCGCGAUAUACGACUUCAGAAUAUAUGACAUGAAUCCGUACAAGUGGAGAGACACUCCCGCCAGCAGCGAGUCGAGGCUGAUAUCGGGACACUUGCCAGACACACCCACACCAUGGCUGCUGAUGUGAGGCAGGUGAGACCUCUCGAAUGAGUAGGUGCACACGCCUCCGGGCCCUUCGCGCAGCUGACAUUGCCCAGGCAAGCAACAUCUGGGCUCACUCUGUAUGUUGGCAGGUCCUGGCUGCGUGAGUGAGUACUUCUAUGUGUCCUUGUUGGCGUAGUAGAGACGCCUCAAUUGUCGAGGGCAGGUCCUGUUGGCUCCCUUUCAGAGCUUUUCCCACCUCAGCGUACCUGGAAGACGGGACAGCCACACUCUGGCUCCUUCAUCCUCUCCCCUACUUCUGAC